AUAAUUUUAUUGUAAAUGUUAAUUUCCAGCUUGAAUGUAGCCAAGGUCAUUGUUGUUGGUGAUGUAGGAGUUGGAAAGACCUGUUUAAUAAACAGAUUCUGCAAAGACACAUAUGACAAGACAUACAAAGCAACUAUUGGAGUGGAUUUUGAGAUGGAGAGAUUUGAGGUCCUCGGGGUGCCCUUCAGUUUGCAGUUGUGGGACACAGCAGGUCAGGAAAGAUUCCGAUGCAUUGCAUCCACAUACUACAGAGGAGCUCAAGCCAUCAUUGUUGUCUUUGACCUGAGCAAUUAUGACUCUUUGGAUCAUGCAAGAGAGUGGCUUGAAGAUGCCAUGAGAGACAAUGACCCAUCUAGUGUUCUCCUCUUCCUCGUGGGAACCAAAAAGGAUCUUAGUCACCCAGAUCAGUUGGCUCAAAUGGAGCAAGAGGCCGUUCGACUCGCCGAGGAGAUCAGAGCAGAGUAUUGGGCCGUGUCUGCGCUGUCAGGGGAAAGUGUGAGAGAUUUUUUCCUGCGGGUUGCAUCGCUUACAUUUGAGGCGACUGUGUUAUCUGAGCUGGAGAGGAACAACUCUAGACAAGCUAGUGAUAUUGUCAAAAUAUCCAACAAUUGUGAUGAAAAUUUUACAAAGAGGCAAUCCAGCUGCUGUCGUUGACUAAAAGUAUGUAACGUUCAAAUUGCAAUAGAAGUGAUCCUUGAAUACAGACUUUGGGAUGAAGUCCCAUAAUGUCCAGAUGCACAUCUUUGAGUUAAAGAAAAAAAUUAUACACACACAGGAUUUGGCCAGUGAGAUGAGGGAAUCUCAACAAGAAUUCAUCUGAAAGUGAAGUUCGGAAUGUAAUCAGAAGUGUACUAAUGAAUCCAUGAUAUAUUCCAUGCGUUUUUUAGUUAUGAAUUUGAAAGCAUUUUUCUGUAUCAUGAUUGUAUUACUUGAUUAUUAUGUGGAUACACAGUGAUUGAGUUUGUCAUAGACUAUCAAAUAACCAGGAUCAAGUGAGUGGUUUUGUCCAAAAAUGUGUUAAAUUUUGUUCCAAGAAGUGUUAUAUAAAGAUUUAAAUGUGUAAAUCUAACUGUAAAUACUUGGUGUCAUUUCAAGUUGAUUACAUAAAGCGAUGCGAAUCCCUGUAAUUUGAUAAGUUCUGCCUUCACAUUUGCUUUCUCCUAGCAAACAGCAGUUUAUGUGCAGAAUACUUAAGAGGUCACAUGAAAUGCCCUCCUGGUGGUUCUGAGUGGAUAUUUUGUAAAUGUAGCCCUUUUUUUUCAUUGCAUCAUGAGUUUCUCUGGCUAAUAUGAUACAUAUGCCAGCACUCAUGACCACAGGCUCUGCUGCCGUCUGCGUGACACAAGAUUCCCACUGCGAGCUAAAUGGAAGGAUUGUUAAGACGUAAAUGGAGAAAUAUCACUCGAACAAAAAUUGUGAAGCAAAAAUGAGCAGCUCAACAAACAUCCCACUUAUAUUCUGUACUGAAAUGUCCCCUUAAGUCUUCAUGACAGAAUAAAGGUUAAAAUCCCAAAAA